UAUUUAUGAUAUUUCUACUGAUCAAGAGAAGGUAUUUGCUAAAAAUAUUGCAAAUUUACUUGAAGAUAUUGGAACAAUUUCUAAUAGAGUAGGACAUGUUAAAAUUAACAAUUCACUUACUCGUUUUGUGAAAAAAUUGAAUGAUGAAUAUCCCUUAACACAAGAAGAUAUUAAAGAUCCUCUUACUGUAAAAAUGAAAAGAAAACCAAAUAAUACUAAUUGCAAUAAAUUAG